UCUUGCGCCUGUCCAGGCACUGCCAAUCGAGCGCGGAGUCCCGUCGCUCCGCUAGUCCUGGCUAGCCGCCAGCCGAACGCCGGCCUAGUCUCGCCGGAAACCUGAAACCAGCCGCGUGUGUCGGCGACGCGGGCUGCGCUUGCGCGUCCGGGGAGAGGGUGACCCGUGGGAGAGCCGGGUCCGUCGCGGGGACCGGGUAGAGAGCCCCAUCGGAGUGCACUGCGCCGGACACUUCAAGUGGCCCAGGCUGGAGUACAGUGGCCCUGGAGGGACCGGAAAGCCAGAAAUGAACCUCAUGAGACUCGCUAGACUGUUCUCCAGGGCCCGCCCCAUGGGACUGUUCGUCCUGCAACACCUGGAUCCCUGUAGCGCCAGGUGGGCGGGAGGCAGGGAGGGGCUGAUGCGGCCAGUGUGGGCGGCCUUCAGCAGCUCCUCCUCUCAGCUGCCCCUCGGCCAGGAGCACCCGGAGAACACGGGCAGCCUGGGCUCUGACCCGAGCCACUCCAACUCCACGGCCACGCAGGAAGAAGACGAGGAGGAGGAGGAGAGUUUUGGGACCCUCUCUGACAAAUACUCCUCCCGGAGACUAUUCCGCAAAUCCACAGCCCAGUUCCAUAACCUGCGGUUCAGGGAACAGAGAGAGGAGCCAGAGGAACCGGAGCCCAAAUUAUGGCGAGGCCGGAGAAACACCCCGUACUGGUACUUCUUGCAGUGCAAACGCCUGAUCAAGGAAGGGAAGCUGGUCGAAGCCCUGGACCUGUUUGAGAGGCAGAUGCUGAAGGAGGAGCGAGUGCAGCCCAUGGAGAGCAACUACACGGUGCUGAUCGGGGGCUGCGGGCGGGUCGGCUACCUGAGGAAGGCCUUCAAGCUCUACAACCAGAUGAAAAAGCGGGACCUGGAGCCCUCAGACGCCACCUACACGGCCCUGUUCAACGUCUGUGCCGAGUCCCCCUGGAAGGACUCGGCUCUGCAGAGCGCCCUGAAGCUCCGGCAGCAGCUGCAGGCCAAAAACAUCGAACUCAACUUGAAAACGUACCACGCGCUGCUGAAGAUGGCUGCCAAAUGUGCAGACCUUAGGAUGUGCCUUGAUGUGUUCAAGGAAAUCAUCCACAAAGGGCACAUUGUCACGGAGGAGACUUUUAGUUUCCUGCUCAUGGGCUGCAUCCAAGACAAGAAGACGGGCUUCCGGUACGCCCUCCAGGUGUGGCGGCUGAUGCUGAGUCUGGGGCUACAGCCAAGCCGGGACAGCUACAACCUGCUGUUGGCAGCAGCUCGGGACUGUGGCCUAGGGGACCCCCAGGUAGCCUCAGAGCUGCUUCUGAAGCCCGGUGAGGAGGCAACCCUGCUUCAGCCCCCAGUGGGCAGGCAGCGACCAACGAGGACAGCCCAGGCCAAGGCAGGCAACCGCAUGUCAGCCAUGCUGCACGUGGAGGCCCUGGAGAGGCAGCUGUUUCUGGAACCUUCUCAGGCACUUGGGCCUCCAGAGCCUCAGGAAGCCAGAGUGCCCGGCAAGGCCCAGCCAGAGGUGGAAACCAAGGCACAGCCCAGCCACACCGCGGCCCUGCCCCCUGUGGCCCUGAAGCCACCUCCCGUGGAGCUGGAAGUCAAUCUCCUGACCCCUGGGGCCGUUCCCCCGACCGUGGUCUCCUUUGGAACAGUGAGCACCCCAGCUGACAGGCUGGCCUUAAUAGGGGGCCUGGAGGGCUUCCUGAGCAAGAUGGCAGAGCAUAGGCAGCAGCCUGACAUCAGGACCCUCACGCUACUGGCUGAGGUGGUGGAGUCCGGGAGUCCUGCGGAGUCCUUGCUGCUGGCGCUCCUGGACAAACACCAGGUGGAGGCCGACCUGACAUUCUUUAACACGCUGGUGAGAAAGAAGAGCAAGCUGGGAGACCUGGAGGGGGCCAAGGCGCUGUUGCCAGUCCUGGCGAAGAGGGGCCUUGUCCCCAACCUGCAGACAUUCUGCAACCUGGCCAUCGGGUGCCACAGGCCGAAGGAUGGUCUGCAGCUGCUCACAGACAUGAAGAAGUCCCAGGUGACCCCCAACACUCACAUCUACAGCGCCCUCAUCAACGCAGCCGUCAGGAAGCUGGACUACACCUAUCUCAUCAACAUCUUGAAGGACAUGAAGCAGAACAGGGUCCCGGUGAACGAAGUGGUCAUCCGCCAGCUGGAGUUUGCAGCCCAGUACCCUCCGACCUUUGACCGGUACCAAGGGAGGAACACCUACCUGGCGAAGAUUGACGGCUUCCGAGCCUACUACAAGCAUUGGUUGACAGUGAUGCCUGCAGAGGAAACCCCACACCCCUGGCAGAAGUUCCGGACCAAGCCCCAGGAGGACCAGGACCCCGGCAAGGAGGCCGAUGUGGACGGAUGUACCCUUGGGGGCAGGUGAUGGGAGCACAGCUGAACCUGGCUUCAGUGCUCGGCCUUCAGUGCUUUGUGGGAGCUCCAGGACAAGUGAGCUGGUGUCACCUCCUGCCUGAGGGAAGAGCCAGGCCCUGAGGAACAGCCGCAGUGUGUCACGGGUGUUGGUGUGAGGACACACGCUAGGCCCAAGGUGCCUGCACUCCCGGCAGGUCCAAGGGCAACUCCAGCCACUUUCGCAUGUCACCUUGGGCCUUCCAGCUCCAGUACCUUUGCGUGUCACCUCACACACCACAAGGGGGCUGGGGCAUCUGGUCCCUGGGGCCUGGUGCCGCCCCGCCGGGUUCCACAGGCCAAUGCUCUGAAAGAAUAGACAUGGGGCCCGAGAGGUUUAAAGAUUUUAUUUUUACAAAUCACAGCUGAUGGACAGCGAAGCCUUCCCCGUAGAGACCGUGCUCCAACUCGGGCCUGGGGCACUGCUCGCUGCUCCCAGGAAGGGGGUGGCGCCACAGGCAGGAACCUGCGAAGUCCAGAGUCCAGGGUGGAGAGCGCCAGCCUCAGCCAGAGCAGCCACGGCAGCCACAGUGUGUGCACUCGAUGAUGCGGCCCUGCAAUGGAGGAGGACAUUGAGAUGAUGCCACUGCGCCACACUCGUCCCUGCACACUCACAUAUGUGGCAACCCUCUGCCACCAUGCCAUAUAGGGACACACCUCAGAAACCCUUCUGUGACAGCUCUGGACGGAAAAUUUGGCUCCCUCAUGAAGGUGGAAACAGCUGCUAUUGAUACCAAGGUUACAUCUGUAUGUGUAGUUAUAAUAUGUUAUGCAAAUCCAACACACGUUUGCCAAUCAAGAAAAAGAAAUGAAA